UUUUGCCCCCCUCUAUAUAAUAAAUCGUUCAAACCGCAUACAUAAAGAAAAUAAGUCAUAGCUCACCCUAAAAAAAAGCUGCUUAUGGCUAAUUACUUCUUGCAAAACAUUAAACAAUCUUUCUCAUUAUCAGACAUUGAUUCCAACAUGGAAUUUAUGAACCCUUUUCCAGAAAUAAAUCCAAGUUAUGAAGAUACAUCAGUCUUGAACCUGCAGAACUUGAUGGGAUUUCCCAAUGACAAUAUUUUUCCUCAUUUAGUACCCGAAUGCACUGGUAUCUCAGAAGAUUUUCCUGGUUUGUUUAUCCAUGAGGACAAGAAUUUUGUGCCUCAAACUGCAAAUGAUCAUCUUGCGGAGAAGAAAAGGAAAGAAAUCGACACCUCACAAAGUAGUGGGGCUAAUUUAUCUGCCCAAGGUUCAUUAAAUGGUGUUACAAGGAAAAAUAGUGCAGGAAGAGGGAAAAGGGCGAAAUUAAACGGAAAGGAAGAGGAGAAACGAAGGGAUGUGGUACAUGUUAGAGCUAAAAGAGGCCAGGCCACUGAUAGUCAUAGUUUAGCAGAAAGGGCGAGAAGAGGAAAAAUCAACGAGCGAUUGAGAUGUUUACAAGACAUUGUUCCUGGAUGCUACAAGACAAUGGGCAUGGCAGUGAUGUUGGAUGAAAUCAUCAAUUAUGUGCAGUCCUUGCAAAGUCAAGUUGAGUUCCUUUCUAUGAAGCUUACAGCAGCAAGCAUGUUUUAUGAUUUUAACUCAGAAACAGAUGCAUUUGAGACAAUGCAGCAAGAGAAGGCGUGCGAGGCAUUGAAGAUGCAGAAGAUGGCAAAGGAAGGAUGUGAGGGAAUAAGUUCAGCUCAAUUUGGUUCAUUAGACCUCUCUUUUGGCAAUUAUCCCUCUUGGCCAAGGAACACUUGAAGAUGACCCAAAAAUUUCCCCCUUCUUUUUCAAUUAAAUUUGUAUCAAAACAAACCAGACAUGGUGAAAAAUUGCAGAUUUCAAAAGCUAAACACUAUUGUAUCCUCUCUCACAUUUUUCAGAAUUUAACCAAUUAUUGAUUAAUUAAACAUGUAAUUUUAUUUCGUGCCAUUUAUUAGAAAUAAUGUUAAGCUUUCUGAUA